AGCCAUGAUGUAUAAUGUUUGUGUUAAUAAACUUGUUAAUAUGCGUCUUAAUUUGCCCAAAUAUAUUUAAUUUUUAACUCUUUCUGAAUUAUAAUUUUCUUGUAGGGCUAAGAUAACACACUUGAGAAUUCCGGCCAAUUUGUGUUAUUUUCGAGAUUUAAUUGAUAAGCGAAUAAAAUUAGAUGAAAGACACCUAAAAGCCCUACAGACGACACCUUUUCACAGCUUUCUCAAUAUACCCACAUCCUUGAGCAAUGAGCAAAUAGCAAUUGAUUGCUUGAUUCAAAAUUUUAAUCCUGAUAAAUGCUCAUUCAUGAUUGGGAAUAAAAAUUGUGUGUUCGGUAUAGAUGAUAUUCACCGAAUUACCGGAUUGCCAAAGGAGGGAAUUCCGAUAAAAAUGAGUGGGGCAGCGGCUAAUACAAUCUACACCUAUUUUGUAAAGAAUUAUAAGAAAGCCGAUGAGGAAAAGAAGGCGGUGAUUUCGGGGAAGCGCGAUAGAAUGGCCGAGAUGAUUGUAGAUAUGAUUAAUGAAGACCCUAUAAUAUGUGUGAAACUUAUUGUGGCUUUCAUUAUCGGCUUCAUAUUAUGCCCGCGGACAUGUAAGACAUGUCCCUUGUGGGCGUUUAGAUAUGCGGAGCAGUUAUCAACUUUGCAUAAAUAUAAUUGGUGCCAUGCGGUGUUCACUCUUCUUUGCAAAGAGAUGAGUAAAUCAAAGAAGUCUCUUAGUAUGCGGGAAUUAGGUCAGCGCUCAAAUGCCGGGUACAUGGGUGGUUUUUCCUCCGUUUUACUGGUGAGUUACAUGAACAUUAUUUUGUAUAUCUUUUCAUUUUGAUAAUGAUUAUUGUUUAUGCACAUGCUAAUGUGUAGUUUCUUUUUUGUAGGUUUGGUUUUAUGAAAAAGUAGGGGAAUUAGAGUACACUUCAGAUAUUGAAAGGUUACCGCCGCUCUUUUGUGUGAAGAGUACUGGAAAGUGGAGGAGGACUACUAUGAACAAAUUAUAUAGAGUCCCGAAGUUGGUUACGGAUAAUGGCCAAGAGAAUACUCCUCUUAUUCAUACGGCAUCGCCAAUAGUAUUUGAAUCAAGGAAAGCUGAAUUAAUUUUCUUAAUUGCGGAGAAGACGUACGAGUUGAAUGAGCUCACUACAGAAUUACGAGAAUUAGAAGAGCGUAGUGCUAGAUGCCAAAAAAAACCAAGGAGAAAGAGGAUGACGGAAAUGUAACUGAAGAAAAAAAAUCAAAGAGGAUAUGGAAGCUAAGGAAUAUGAGAAUUUGGAAGGAACUGGGGAAGCCGAUUUAUGUGAUGACUUUGUGAUGAGCGCAAGAGACAUGAGAAUUUUAGAAGAUGCUCGAGAUGUUUCUCAAAAAGAUGAAGGUGGUAAUGAGAAUAACAGAGAAACGCCAUCUAUCAAACGGGCUGUCGGAAAGAGGGAGAGGAAGGAUGGACCCUCUGUUACUUCACCUUAUAUGCCUCUAGAUCAACCAAAGGAAGGCACAAAGAAGAGACGUGUCAUCCAGAUAUUGGAUAGUCCUGAUGGGAAAAAAAAGUACAAAAAUGAAGAAGGCUUCAUACCUACAUCUAGAGACUAUCCAGGUAAGGCACUGGCGUUUGAUUAUGAGAACAAAUUAAUUGAAGACUUUCUACAAUCGAGAAUGAACAGUGAUACGUACAUUUGGAAGUGUGCCGAAGCAAGCGUAUCAUGCUUAGAUGCUUAUAUACUAUUAACGGGAGGUGAACUCAGUGACGAUGUGAUCGAUGCAUUUGUUAUUCGGCUUUGUAACAAGAUUGAAACAAAUAAUAGUUAUGAUCGAAAGAUACAUGUCACAAGACCUUGGCUUGCAGUAAGUAUAUCCUUGUUUUUUUCACUAAUUGGUGGAUAUUAUUAUUAUGUUAUCCCACAAUGUUGACAUUAUUGCAUCUUUUAGCAAGCAUUUCUAGAAGGAAAUCUUGAAAUGGUGGCAAA